AUCAAAAUCGUGUUGAGUCGCAGCUACACGGUUAUGGCACCGACUGCGUUAGUUAGUCCUGCUGAAAUAUGCUCUCUGAAAAAUGAAUUGAUCAAUCGUGAUCAGCUUGAUCUGAUCACCGACCGUGGGGACGAUUUGUUGCAAUCUCGGUUGACUGCCAAGGACAAAGUCUUGGACGUGUUGAAGAAGCGCGCCGCGGAGGUCAACACUGACAACUGUGGUGCCGGCGAGGAGGACCCCUUCUACGUUGCCGACAUGGGGGAGGUCUACCGCCAGCACAUGCGUUGGAAGAUGAACUUGAGCCGUGUCAAGCCCUUUUUUGCUGUGAAGUGUAACCCAGACGCCGAGGUUCUGCGUCUUAUGGCCCAGCUGGGCAAUGGAUUCGACUGCGCCUCCAAAUCGGAAAUUGAACUCGCUCUUCGCACCGGCGUCGACCCCAGUCGCAUCAUCUACGCGCAGCCCUGCAAGACCAAGUCUUAUUUGCGGUAUGCUGCUCAGGUUGGCGUUAAGCAAAUGACCUUUGAUAACGCGGACGAGUUGUACAAAAUCAAAGCUAACUUCCCGGAUGCGGAGCUCUACCUUCGUAUUCUGACCGACGACUCGACCAGCCUGUGUCGGCUGAGUAUGAAGUUUGGCGCCUCGAUGGACAUUGCCCCUCAAUUGCUACAGCUUGCGCAUGAGCUUGAGCUCAAUGUUGUUGGCGUCAGCUUCCACGUCGGCUCCGGUGCCGAAGACCCUUGUGCGUUCUUGAAGGCUGUCCAGGACGCUCGUGCCGUGUUCGAUCAGGCUGCGGAGAUAGGCUACGAACUGCACACCCUGGAUGUUGGCGGUGGUUUCUGCCAUGAUACUUUCGAGAAGUUCUCCGGUAUCCUGAGCGAGGCGCUAGAUACCUACUUCCCACCCAGCGUUCGUAUCAUCGCCGAGCCCGGCCGAUACUACGUUGCCAAUGCCUUCACUCUGGCCGCCCACAUCAUCGCCCGCCGGGACGUCCCUGAUCCAUCGGACCCGUCUCGUGAUGCAUACAUGCUUUACCUGAACGAUGGGGUGUAUGGUAACUUCUCGAACAUCAUCUUCGACCACCAACACCCCGUUGCACAAGUUCUGCUGCGUGGGUCCUCUGACGGGUCUGAGUCUCCGAAUUCUGCGACUUCGGAGAACAUCGCCUACUCCAUCUGGGGCCCGACUUGUGACGGUAUCGAUGUCAUCACUCAGCGCAUUGACUUGCCUGGUCUGUUGAACACCGGUGACUGGCUCUUCUUUGAAGAGAUGGGGGCCUACACCAAGUGCAGCGCUACCCGCUUCAAUGGUUUCUCCGAUAACCACGAGGUGAUCUACAUCUCGAGCGAGCCUGGCGCGUCUGCGUUGCUUGACUAUUGA